GCGUUUACUCUCUGUCUCACUCACUCUGAACUCUCAAAAUGGCAAUGGCACCGAGCCUCUAUCUUACUUCCAAAGCCCUAAUACCAACCCCAAGACCCUCUCUUUUUCCUCCUUCUUUCCAACCCUCUUUCUCUUCCCUCCGAUUCAAUGCGGAGACUCGGCCUUUAACUCGCUCGGUUCCUUCAAAGCUGCGCGUUCGAGCUGUGAACGACAGCGACUACUCGUCCAGGAGGAGCAGCAGCAAUGAGCAGAGAGAGACGAUAAUGUUACCUGGCUGUGACUAUAACCACUGGCUUAUAGUCAUGGAGUUCCCUAAAGACCCUGCUCCCACUAGAGAGCAAAUGAUUGAGACCUACCUCAACACUCUCGCUACUGUUCUUGGAAGCAUGGAAGAAGCAAAGAAAAAUAUGUAUGCUUUUAGCACCACCACAUACACUGGAUUCCAGUGUACUGUAUCUGAAGAAACAUCUGAAAAAUUCAAAGGAUUGCCUGGUGUUCUCUGGGUAUUGCCAGAUUCGUAUAUAGAUGUUAAAAACAAGGAUUAUGGAGGUGAUAAGUAUGUUAAUGGAGAGAUAAUUCCUGGCAACUACCCUGUUUAUCAACCAAAGAAACGAAGAGAAUCAAAAUUUGAGAGCAGAAGAUAUGAAAGGCGAAGGGAUGGACCUCCUCCUGAACGAACACGGCCAAAGCAAGAAACAACUCCAUCAGAAUCAGCCUCUUGAUGAGUUAAUUAACGUGGGAAUGCAAAAACAAAUAGUACUUUAUGAAACUGGUAGUGAAGGUCAUCUAAUGGAGGAACUCAUCCAGGGGUUCACAUAUCUGUGCUUAGAUUUUUGUGGUGAAGUCUUUGUGUUUUGCCUGGAUUAUGAGCUUGUUAUCGAGGCAUCACUAUUGGUGAAUUACCCGAUUGACCUAAGAUUACCUUUGUGAUAGUGUUUUUGCUUCAACACUAAGAAUUAAAGUUCAGCUAUAUAGUUGAUUUUAGUUGUACGGAUGUUUGAUUUAUGACUGUCUUCUUUUUCUC